CAUGGUCAUGCAGGUCAAGAGCGGUGAGUGUCUGCCCUGUUUGUGUACGAUCUGGCACCUUGGAUGACACUGAAUGCCAAUGCCAGACAAUCACCUGGUCCGGCGAUCCGACAUCAAACUCCACUCAAAGUACCGGGUGGUUGGUCCGACAUGCCGCCCCCACCUCGUCUUCAGGGUUUUGAUACUCUGUCACAAGCUCAUGAGGCUGAUUUCGGAACGAGACCGGAAGGUGGAGUUGAGGAACAUGCGGGGUCUCAGGCGGGUCCAGGCGGUUCGGGAUGGUUCAAAUGGAUUACCGAUGCUGGCGGUAAUACGAUGAGUAGGGGGGCUUGAGGGUGUGCCCACGGGUAUCAGACUCGAGGGGUCAGUUGGUAUUACAGGCGAUCCCGCUUUCGAUAGAGAGAACGAUUCACAGGCCUCGUUAGAGUAAUUGUCACGAUUUGAUGAUCUUACGAUGCACGACGAUA